ACCUGCUCAGGAAUGGAAAUGCCGGUCAGCGCCGAACCGGAGUGUUGUGAAGGCCCUUGUGAGGGACGGGAUGAAGAUCCUCCAAUUAUGAUGGGAUUCAAGCCGCAUGAGCACAGUCAUGGCGUUCGAUCCAUCACAUUAAUUAUAGCCUUGUCGUUUCAUUCCAUAAUUGAAGGUCUUGCUCUUGGCGUACAAUCAAGCAGCGAAGCCGCCGUAGCGUUGUUUCUCAGCAUAGUUAUUCACAAAUGCGUGGUCUCGUUCGGUGUGGGGGUUCAACUGGCCCGUACUCAUGCCCACAAGUUGGGUCUGGUGAUCAUCUCAAUCCUUGUAUUUGCAAUCAUGAGUCCAAUCGGCUGCGGCACGGGCAUCGGCGUGGAACAGGCUCGAAUGCAUUCGACCACGAAAGAUGUGGUCAUCAUGGUGUUAGAAGGCUUGUCGCACCCAAAUAUGGCCAAAUUAUUCGCCACGUUCAUCGGUUUUCUGGUCAUCGCGCUGAUGAGAAUCAUGGAGCACGAACACGGCCCGGCCGAUCCUCACCAUGACGAAAUGAACAUCACGGCUACGCAGCCAUUUAACUCUACCUGUUGUACGAGUUCGCCAUGA